CACUCUCCGGGUGUGAAGUUUCGGUAUACUUGUGAACAUUUGGUUGGAAGCGGGCCAGAUGGCGGAAGGCUUUAAUUUCACGGGUUUGGUGAAACCGUCUGAUCUGGAUGCCGACAUGGACGAUUUUGAAAGUUUCACUGAGUUAUGGGUUAGCGCUCUUUCCGGGGCAGUGAUGGGGAAUGCCUCGAAUAGUACCGGUAACGCAACAGUCGAAGAGUGGCACAUGUCUCCCCGUAUCAAAGCUUUGAAAUUGGCACAGCGUACAACUGUCAUAAUAGUGGCCCUGUUUGUCAUGAUAGCCAUGGGUUGCUCAAUUACGUACGACGAAAUCAUGUCCCAUCUGCGGCGACCGGUCGGCGUCUUCAUCGGGUUCGUAUGUCAGUAUGGUAUGAUGCCGCUAAUCGCAUUUGGUCUCGCUCAUGCUUUCAAACUUGACUUCCAGUAUGCCAUUGGAGUGUUGGUGAUGGCAUGCUGCCCUGGUGGCAACAUGUCGAACAUGUUAACAUACUGGCUGGAUGGCGACCUCUCGCUCAGUAUUUGUAUGACAACGUGUUCAACUGUGGUGGCGUUUGGCAUGAUGCCGUUGUCUCUCUUCAUCUACAGCAAAGGAUGGAGUGACCAGGAAUUGGUCAUUCCGUAUUUGCAAAUAUUUCUCGCACUCGUUGGUAUAUUGGCUCCUGUCACUGUUGGUUUUUUCAUCCGUUACAAGUCAGAGCACGUUGCAGCAGUACUCAGCAAAGUGUUUAACAUCAUCUCCUUGAUCGGCGUAGCUCUCAUCAACACAUUUGAGUGCAUUAUGCGCCCAAAUACGUUCACGGAUCACCCGUCACUUUGGCUUAUUGGGUGCAUCCUUCCUGCCACUGCCUGUACGCUCAGCUACAUACUAGCAAUGUUAGCAAAGAUGAGCAAAAGUCAGUGUCGUACAGUUGCCGUGGAGACCGGCGUGCAGAACGUCGGAUUGGCACUCACUCUCAUGUUGCUGUCUUAUCCCAACGACAGAGGGCGCACCACAGCGUUCCCGGCCAUCUAUAUGGUGAUUGAAGCCUCGUUUCUGUUUCUGAUGGUGCCGGUGGGGAUAAUGAUGUCGAAGCGCUCGAAAAAAGAAAAAGACGAAAAAAAAGACGAUGAGGAAAUGGCUCAGUUUACGAGAGACGAAGCGGGCGUACGCGUGAAUGUAAUAAAUGGGGAUACAACUGCGAAGACGACAGUGUCAAACGGCAAGCAGUACAUAGAUUUGUCAGAUACUACGUCCGCAAUUAGUGCUGAUGUCAACGGAUAUAAAAUGAAAAAUGGUGACACCCCUUUGCAUGAAACCUGUGUUUAAAUUAACGGUCUAAUUUUGGCUACAUUGAGACAGAUGAUUUAAUUUCUUUGACAUUUACAAUAUGUUUGUUUACCAAACACAGUUAAAUCUAUGAUCACCGAACUACAUUGGUGAACUAUUCAUCAUAGCUUUUUCAGCCAAUCAGAUGGCUAGAUUAACCAUAAUAUAAUAUGUAAAACUUCUGAAAUGUGAUAAAAUAGUCGCCCAAAUUAAUUAGUCAAAUGCAUGCAGACGACUUUAUAGUCUUUCCUCACAUAUUUACAACUUCCACUUUCACCAGCUUAAAACAAAUUAUCUGUCAAGUAUAGCCAAAGUUUGUAACUGAAACUAACAUGACGUGUUGAGUGCGCUGUGUGUCGUCAGAGACUAAUAAAGCAGCAACAAAUCGUACAUAUGUAACUAGAACCACAUUGUAAACGUUAUACAAGGCUAUAGAUCUGUUAUAACCACCUUAAAGCCAGGGAGUCGUCCAUCAAAUUAACAUGCGGUCAAUGGUCAUAGCGUAACGUUGUUUACAAACAAGCGUUUGUAUAUUCGCUUAGGUCUCAAUUUCCGCGCGUGCGCAGGUAACGACCCCCACCGCUUCCAGAGACACUGAAAUACACUAAAAUUACAAUCUUAAGAAACAGCCGUCCUUUUACAGAAGAUAUUAUUGAACAAAGAGUCCAUUCUUGAAACAACCAGGCCCUAGCACCGUCACUAAUUUAAGCUUAUAUAUUUCACUGAAAUAAAAUAUUAAACACCUCGUGACUUUCACAUUUGCCCACCAGACGGUCGGGUCACGUGCUGCGUGACGUUAUAUUUGCAUAAACAUCUUAAUAUACAAUUGUUUUAUAAAAGCAGUAAAUUUUGCGCCUAGCGCGAAUAUUACAGUAUCGUGCCAUUGUAAAUGAUUUGUAUAUAGAGUGUGGUAGUGUUGGUGUCAGUGGCGUUCAUUAUUAUUAUCGACAUGAGAAAAACAGUAAACACUUUGUAUAUAUAACAUCUUUUACUGAAAUAUGUGAGCAACAAUGUAUUUGCACGUUAUAUUAAAAGAAAUGACGUCCUUACAAA